UCAUGUUUUUCGGUGCGUCAUACAUGUUGUUUUUAGUGAUUUCUCUUACUCUUCAAGCUUCGUCUGACGCUACAAGUUGUUUAUCGGGAUGGAGUCUCAAUGAAAAUAGUUGCUAUCGCCAUUUUUCUACUAAGAAGACUUGGGAUGAUGCUGAAGCCGAUUGUGUAACUACAGGCGGCGGACAUCUCGUAUCCAUCACGUCGAACAUUGAGAACAGUUUUGUUUAUAACUUGUCAGGAAAUACAGGAGGAUACAACGUUUGGAUUGGAUUGAAUGACAAAAUUGUGGAGAACUCGUUCGUGUGGAGUGAUGGUACGACUUGUUUAUACAGACAAUGGUCUGGCAAUCAAGCUAGCAACGUUAGCUCAGAAAAUUGCACUAUACUAAGAAGGGCAAACGGUCGGUGGAAUGAUAAGGAAUGUAUUACCAAGUACUACUACGUUUGUGAAACUCCAACGCUGACCACCCAUCCUCCACCUCUUACUUCUGCGUCAUCAAUGCAAUGUCAGUCAGGCUGGACUCGUCGUGGACUGAGUUGUUAUCUUCUCGUUACGAUGCCUAAAACUUGGGAUGCGGCUGAAGAGGACUGCAAUAACAAAGGAGGACAUCUCGCGUCUAUCACAUUUGCGAAAGAGAACUGUUUGGUCUUAAGCUUAAGAGGGAUAUCCAGAUUAGUUAGCAAUGACGCAUGGAUUGGCUUGAAUGACAAAGACGUUGAGAACACAUUUGUAUGGAUCAAUGGCGAACAAAGCACAUUCACAAAUUGGGAUAAUUCAGUUAACGAGCCCAAUGGUAAUGGUGAUUGUAUAAGGAUGGUAUAUGAUGGAACAUGGAGAGACAUAGCAUGUACAAGACAAUUUCCGUACAUUUGCAAGUAUAAUCUAAUGCUCUCUACAACGCAGACACCGACAACUGUGCAAGCUACAACAAUACCCUAUACGUCAGCAAGUGCAACUACCAAGACUUCUAGUACAAACUCUUCUACUGCAUCAGCUUUGUCCAUCACACUUCCAACCACAGUUGCCGCCACUGUGGAUCGUUCGCCUAUAGCUCAUGAAACAAAAUCGAGUUCUUCGAACGAUACAACUUACGUAGCAGUUGGUGCAGCCAUCGGAGUUAUUGUUGUAAUUGCGUCUAUAAUCUUCGUAUUUAUCGUUCGGAGAAGAAAAGCAAGAAAGUUGGAUUUUAACAAAACAGUUCGAUCACAUGCGGCAGGCUCUAAAUGUGGGUCAGCAAAUGAGCCAGAGCUUACCGGUACAGCAACUAUCUCAAGUAGGCGACAUGAAAAGAGCAACAAUUUGUGCGAUGGAAGUACUUUCUAUAUCUAACGCAAACUGGAGCUGCUUAUGGUGUAUAUAUGAUACUUGUUGUUGUUCUAGAAAUAUUGAAUAAUCAGUACUGGGAACCGGCUUUCACGGAAUGGGAACUUUACGGUCAACUUGAACAGCGGCAAUACAGAAAGAUCGACAGAA